GGAGCGCGCAGCACGGCAAUCUGCGGUGCACUAAAGAGCCGAAGAUGUCGGCUCGGUCAGGUGAUCAGCUGUGUCCAAUCACAGCUUAUCACAUGGCACUGAUGAUCAGUGUAGCCCCAGCAGUGCCACCUGUCAGUGUCCAUCAGUGCCUUCUGUCAGUGCUCAUCAAUGCCUCGUGCCAGUGCCCAUCAGUGCCACAUCAAUGCCACAUAUCAGCGCCUACCAGUGCACAUCAAUGCCACAUAUCAGUGCCCAUCUGAGCUGCCUUUCAGUGUCACCCAUCAGUGCCAGUCAGUGCCACCUGUCAAUGCCAAUCAGUGCCACCUAUCAACCAAUCAGUCAAUGCCAAUCAGUGCCACCUAUCAGUGCCAGUCAGUGCCGCCUAUCAGUGCCAGUAAGUGCUGCCUAUCCUAUCAGUGCCAUGUAUCAGUGCUGCCUUUCAGUGCCCAUCAGUGAUGCCU